AUGGAGUGCAGCAGAGAAGAGGCCUUGAAGGCCAUGGAAAUUGCUGCUAAGAAGUUGGAAAACAGAGACUUUGCUGGUGCUAAAAGGAUUGCCCUUAAAGCACAGAGGGUUUUUCCAGAGGUCGAGAACAUACCCCAGCUGUUAACUGUCUGUGAAGUACACUGUGCAGCAGAAGCAAAGGUAAAUGGGAUAUUGGACUUUUAUGGAAUUCUCCAAGUAGAAGGAACAGCGGAUGAGAUGACCAUAAGGAAGCAGUUUUGUAAGCUUGUUCUCUUACUUGACCCUGAUAAAAACAGUUAUGCUGGUGCAGAUUCUGCUUUGAAGUUUGUUGCAGAAGCAUACUCAACAUUGGCUGAUCAAACAAAACGACAUGUAUAUGAUGUCAAAUGGAGGGUUGCUUUCAAAAUUGCACCAAAGCAGGCUACACAACCGACACAGGCUGCAGAACCAACUCGGGUUACACAACCAAAUCAGGCUACACAACCGAAACAGGCUGCAAAACCAAAGCAGGCUACACAACCUAAUCUGGCUGAGGAAUCAGAACGGCCUGCACAGCCAAAGCAGGCUACACAACCAAUGAAGACUACAGAGCCGAUUAACAGAACCGAUGCAAAUAGAAGUAACACAGCAAGAUACGGACUAUCAGAUUCAUCACCAACUGAUGGGUGUGCAUUUUGGACCAUAUGCAUCCACUGUAAAAGAAAAUAUAAGUACCAUGGCAACAUACUUAAUCUUCAGAUCCGUUGUCGGAACUGCAGGCAAAAAUUCUUUGCAUACCAGAUAAGUACAGAGGAUGUGACUUCUGUAUUCUCAUCAAAAACAGCAAAUAGUGAUGGGCGACAGGGCUGUCUUCCUACUCAACAAGGCUGUUCUACAAAUCUCUCUUCUAGAGAGAACAAAGAGACAAGUCCUGUGAUGAAUGCAGCACAAUGUGAUGAACAAAUGAAGAGGAGUUCAAAACCAGGUGGUGAAGGUAUGGUUGAUCAUACAGAGACAAGUCGGAAAGGAGUUGAAUUUUCUGCAACAAAUCCUUCUAAAGCAUCUGCACCAAAUGGAAAUGAUAGGGCAGAUGGAAGGAUGCAAACUGACACCACUGUACCAUAUUUUGGUGAUGGGAAAAACCUAAGUAGUGGGGUGGAUACAUCAGCAGUGCCAGGUGCUGCAGGAAUCCCUACUCCGCAGAGAUGUUUUAGGAGAAAGGCAUAUGUUGAUGCCGACAACACUCUUAACUCUCCAAAGAAAAAGAGUCGGACGCUGAAAGAUUGGUCCUCAAAUGCUGCCUGCGGUUCUAAUGAAGUGUUUGCUGAUAAUGUUGCCCAUGCUGAUGGACAAAUUAGUGAAUGUCAUGUCUACAACAAAACAGAUAAUCAAGAUAAAAGUUGUACUGUCAAUGAAGGCAAUAAAAGAAACAAUAAAAGAACUUGUGAUACACCUGCUGGGAAGCCUUGCAAUGCUGGGAGCUUCACAUACCCUGACUCGGAAUUUUUUGACUUCGGAAAGUGUAGGGAUGUCAAACUGUUUGCAGUUAAUCAGAUAUGGGCACUUUAUGAUGACUUUGAUGCCAUGCCAAGAUAUUAUGCUAGAAUUAGACAUCUUGAUACUACCAACUUCAGAGUUCGGUUCACUUGGCUGGAACACUAUGCAGUGAAUGAUGAUGAGGACAAUUGGACUUAUAAUGAACUUCCUGUGGCUUGUGGGAACUUUAAGUUAGGAGGAAACACACAAGAGUCACAACAUCCCCUCAUGUUUUCUCACAUUGUUUCAUGGGCUAAAGGCAGAACAAGGGGUUCUUAUGUAAUACAUCCAAGUAAGGGUGAGGUAUGGGCUCUUUAUAAGGGCUGGAGUAUGCAGUGGAUCUCAGAUGCAGACAAUCAUAGAUCCUAUGAGUAUGAAGUGGUGGAGGUCCUUUCAAACUUUACAAUGGAAGCUGGUGUCACUGUUAUCCCCUUGGUCAGGGUUGAAAGUUUUGUGAGUCUGUUUGCACAAGCAAAGGAUAAAUCAUCAUUUGUUAUACCAUCGAGUGAUCUACUUCGGUUUUCCCACAGUAUCCCAUUUUUCAGAACAGGAAAUGAGAAGGUUGGCGUCCCUAGUGGGUUUCUUAAACUAGAUACCGUAUCGCUUCCUAGUAACUUGGACGUAGCAUUUCCAACAGUUACUCUUGAUUCUUGUGUGCCUGAUUCUUCUGCUCUGCAAGGCUGCUGCUCCCCCAUUAUUUUGAUGUAUCCAAAAACAGUAUUCUACAACUUUGAAGAAGGCCGGUUGAAUACUAAGUUUGCACGAGGCCAGAUAUGGGCUCUUUACAGUGAUUUUGAUAAACUUCCAAAAUACUAUGGCUGGGUUUCACAAGUUGAUCUACAUCCGUUUGGAGUGCAUCUGACUUGGCUGGAAGCAUGCCCUCGAUCAGAACAGGAAAAUAUGUGGUUAGAGCAUGACGUACCUGUGAGCUGUGGGACAUUUAAAAUCCGUUACUGGAGUAUCAAGUAUGACACAAAUGGUGCAUUCUCUCAUGUAGUAGAAACACGUUCAACGCGGCACUUUGAAAUUCACCCACAAGUAGGGGAGAUUUGGGCGAUCUACUGCAAUUGGUCACCUGGCUGGGUUCCUUCCAGUAAGGAUGCCUGUGAAUAUGCCAUUGGCGCGAUAACUGCGCGCACUGAAGCUAGCAAGAAAGUCUUGUUUCUGACUCAGGUUGAUGGCUACAGAACUGUAUUCAGGCCAGACAAUGAGAGGUGUAUCCUGGAGGUGCCAACAAAAGAUGACUUGCGGUUUUCUCACCGGAUACCCUCUUUCCAACUGACAAAAGAAAAGGGUGGCACGCUCUGUGGCUUCUAUGAGUUGGAUCCUGCUGCUAUUCCUGAUCCAUUCCUCGCUGGGGGUAGGACCCACUGA